CCGACUCUCAGAGAGGAGUGAGAAGUUGUCGGGGAUGGCGGACAAACCUCCGACGCUGAUCGUGAAGCUGUUUGCCGCCGCAUUUUACGGUCUCAGCUCGUUCCUGAUCGUCGUAGUGAACAAAAGUGUCCUCACGAAUUACAGGUUCCCAUCUUCGAUAUGUGUCGGAAUAGGACAAAUGUUUGCCACGGUGGUUGUACUGUGGGUGGGCAAGGCUACAAGGGUGAUCAGCUAUCCAGACUUCGAUGAGAACAUACCUCGCAAGACAUUUCCUCUACCUCUCCUGUAUGUGGGAAAUCAAAUCACUGGUUUGUUUGGAACCAAAAGGCUAAAUCUGCCCAUGUUUACGGUCCUCAGGAGGUUCUCCAUUUUAUUCACUAUGCUGGCUGAGGGAUUUCUGCUCAAGAAGAAAUUCUCGAGACCAGUUCAGCUGACAGUCUUUACAAUGAUCCUUGGGGCGUUUAUAGCUGCAAGUGCUGACUUAUCCUUUGACCUGCAAGGCUACGUGUUCAUUCUCCUGAACGACGUGCUGACUGCAGCCAACGGAGCCUAUGUAAAACAAAAAUUAGAUGCAAAGGAGUUGGGGAAAUAUGGAUUAUUGUAUUAUAAUGCAUUAUUUAUGAUAAUUCCCACUCUGCUGUUGGCUCAUGUGACUGGAGAUAUGCAGAAGGCAGUGGAAUAUGAGGGCUGGUCAGAUGCAUUUUUCCUCUCCCAGUUCAUCCUCUCCUGUGUCAUGGGGUUUAUUCUGAUGUAUUCCACUGUACUCUGUACACAAUACAACUCAGCAUUAACAACUACAAUCGUGGGAUGUAUUAAGAAUGUCCUGGUGACCUACAUUGGGAUGGUACUCAGUGGAGACUACAUAUUCUCAUGGACUAAUUUCUUAGGUUUGAACAUAAGCAUUGCUGGCAGCCUGGUGUACUCGUACAUCACUCUCACAGAGGAGCAGUCCAGCAAAGCAAAUGAAAACAUCAAGCUGGAUCUCAAGGGCAAGGUGGUUGUAUGACCGAGACACUGGAUUUUGUUUAUUUUUAUGCUGAUGAACAAGAAACUCUAUUUUUUAGUACAACAUUAAUUUAUGCAGUAUUUUGGCAGUAAAGGCAUGGGAUUGGUAGGAACGGUGUUCCAGAAACUUCCUUAGUGUGUUUUUGUGGAAAUGGAGCCGUGCCAUUGCCAUGCCUCUCCUGUUGCUACCAUGGUGACGAAACCCUCCUGAGUGUUUGUAGGUUGAUUUUUAGAUACUUUUUUUUUUUUUUUUUUUUUUUUUUUUAAAGUGUUUGUAUUUUGAUACUGUACUUGUGAGCAUUGAGAACAAGGGAACAUGGGAUGAAAAAUAUUUAUAUAUAAACAUAUUUCUUGAUAUUUAGAACAUUUAAAGUUAAAUGUUGGGACGACUUAAGGUUUCUUGAACACAGGAGCGAACAGCUGGAUAUCAGCUGGUUUACACGUUGGUGUGUUCUAACGACUCAGUGGGAAUAUUAAAUAACUUAUUUGAAAAGGCACAAUCCUAUUUCUUGCCUUUAAUUUUUAAUGUUUACAAGGAAUGUAACUAGAUGCCUUCUGAGCACAGUGAGGUGCACUGACACUGUUGUUUCCCAUUUAAUUCUUUGUACCCAUAAAUUUCUUCUGAUUUUUUUUUUUUUUUUUUUUUUUUGCGCAAACACUGUCAUAAGCUUGUUACAGAUGCACGUAACACUGAUCCAACCUCAUCCUUCAAAACAACCAAAGCAGAUAGGCAGUGGGCCAUCAGUUCUCAUCAAGGAUUGUGGCUUUUAAUAACUUUGCCUCUUUUUUUGGGGGGGAGAUAAUUUGAAAUUACAGUUUACACUUUGCUCCCUCAGUAUUACAGAAUGUUUAUUUUGGACUCUUAAAGCUGUAACUGGUUCUCUAUGCAGAAUUAACAAACCGUGCAUACGGUUUGUUGUUUGUAUAAGAGGAUGCAUUUGUGUGUUUUUGACAAAAUGUUAUCGCACUUUUAACUGAGGUAGCAUCUGCAAAGAAGCGGAAACUAACAGCCAAACCUCCUGUUAGUCAUUAAUGUACUUUCCUGAAAUGUCUUUUUUUUUUCUUUUUUUUUUUAAGUAUUGCAAAAGGAACUUUUUUCUUUCUUUAAAUUAUCAGGUACGAGUGUUCACCUUUUUAAAAAAAAUAAUAAGUCAUCAGUUUAUAUUUAUUACGUUUGUUAGACUUACUAAUUUGUAGGUGAAGUGGCUUGUGAGUUGUUGAUGAUUACAUCUCAAACACAGUAACCAUGAACUUGUAGCUGGAACACAAUGUAUUUUUUACAUUAAAAAAAUUCUUUGACUUUA